CGCUAACCAUUGCACCUGGGGCUAGGAGCCAGCGCCGGAGCCAGGAGGCCCGCUCGGCGGCUGCAGACGCUGUGACGGCCACCUGGGGGCGGCCACGUGAGCGCCACGCCGUGCGCCCGCCAGUCCAGCCCCGCCCCUGCCCGCCUGCUUCUGCUCAACCUAGCCCAGCCCUAGCUCCAGCCCCAGCUCCCCUCCUGCCCGGAUCGAGCGACCGCACUCCCGGCCCUGCAGCCACCCGAGUCCCGCUCGCUGUAGCCUGCACGCGAGUCCCUGGCACGCGCCUCUCGCAUCCCGGGAUCGUCCUAGCGGCCCCCGCGCCCUUCCUGGGAUCACUCCGGCGGCCCCGAGCCCCGGGAUCGGUCCAUCUGCCCCGCGUGGCCCCAGCUGCGUGCCCGGAGCGCCAGCCAGCGCGCCCCGCUCUCCGCUCCCCGGCACUCUCGGGGGGCCCGCCCGCCCUGCACCCUGGAGCUCCGGGCCGCGAGCCUCUGCCAACUCCUCUGGAUCCUUGCGGCCGUGAGCAGCGGCUGCCGCGCCUGUCUGCCAGAGGGAGGACCUUCGCCUCUGCAUUUGCCCAGUAACUCUGGCUGUGCCGGAUACUGCUUGGGUAAAACGAGUACCCCAGGAACAUGGCAGACGAAGAUCUCAUCUUCCGCCUGGAAGGCGUUGAUGGCGGUCAGUCCCCCCGAGCUGGCCAUGAUGGUGAUUCUGAUGGGGACAGCGACGAUGAGGAAGGUUACUUCAUCUGCCCCAUCACUGAUGACCCAAGGUCCAACCAGAAUAUCAAUUCCAAGGUUAAUAAGUACUACAGCAACCUAACAAAAAGUGAGCGGUAUGGAUCCAGUGGGUCCCCGGCAAACUCUUUCCACUUCAAGGAAGCCUGGAAGCACGCAAUCGAGAAGGCCAAGCACAUGCCGGACCCCUGGGCUGAGUUCCACCUAGAAGACAUUGCCACCGAACGUGCUACUCGACACAGGUACAACGCUGUCACCGGGGAAUGGCUGGAUGAUGAAGUUCUGAUCAAGAUGGCAUCUCAGCCCUUCGGCCGAGGAGCAAUGAGGGAGUGCUUCCGGACGAAGAAGCUCUCCAACUUCCUGCACGCCCAGCAGUGGAAGGCAGCCUCCAACUACGUGGCGAAGCGCUACAUAGAGCCGGUAGACCGGGAUGUGUACUUUGAGGACGUGCGUCUACAGAUGGAGGCCAAGCUCUGGGGGGAGGAGUAUAAUCGGCACAAGCCCCCCAAGCAGGUGGACAUCAUGCAGAUGUGCAUCAUCGAGCUGAGGGACAGACCGGGCAAGCCCCUCUUCCACCUGGAGCACUACAUCGAGGGCAAGUACAUCAAGUACAAUUCCAACUCUGGCUUUGUCCGUGAUGACAACAUCCGCCUGACGCCGCAGGCCUUCAGUCACUUCACGUUUGAGCGUUCCGGCCAUCAGCUGAUAGUGGUGGACAUCCAGGGAGUUGGGGAUCUCUACACUGACCCACAGAUCCACACAGAGACGGGCACUGACUUUGGAGACGGCAACCUAGGUGUCCGUGGGAUGGCGCUCUUCUUCUACUCUCAUGCCUGCAACCGGAUUUGCGAGAGCAUGGGCCUUGCUCCCUUUGACCUCUCGCCCCGGGAGAGGGACGCGGUGAAUCAGAACACCAAGCUGCUGCAAUCAGCCAAGACCAUCUUGAGAGGAACAGAGGAAAAAUGUGGGAGCCCCCGAGUAAGGACCCUCUCUGGGAGCCGGCCACCCCUGCUCCGUCCCCUUUCAGAGAACUCUGGAGAUGAGAACAUGAGCGAUGUGACCUUCGACUCUCUCCCUUCUUCCCCAUCUUCGGCCACACCACACAGCCAGAAGCUAGACCACCUCCAUUGGCCAGUGUUCAGUGACCUCGAUAACAUGGCAUCCAGAGACCAUGAUCAUCUAGACAACCACCGGGACUCUGAAAAUAGUGGGGACAGUGGAUACCCCAGUGAGAAGCGGGGUGAGCUGGAUGACCCUGAGCCCCGAGAACAUGGCCACUCAAACGGUAACCGGAAGUACGAGUCUGACGAAGACAGCCUGGGCAGCUGCGGACGGGUCUGUGUAGAGAAGUGGAAUCUCCUCAACUCCUCCCGCCUCCACCUGCCGAGGGCUUCGGCCGUGGCCCUGGAAGUGCAAAGGCUUAAUGCUCUGGACCUCGAAAAGAAAAUCGGGAAGUCCAUUUUGGGGAAGGUCCAUCUGGCCAUGGUGCGCUACCACGAGGGUGGGCGCUUCUGCGAGAAGGGCGAGGAGUGGGACCGGGAGUCGGCUGUCUUCCACCUGGAGCACGCGGCCGACCUGGGCGAGCUGGAGGCCAUCGUGGGCCUGGGACUCAUGUACUCGCAGCUGCCCCAUCACAUCCUAGCUGACGUCUCUCUGAAGGAGACAGAAGAGAACAAAACCAAAGGAUUUGAUUAUUUACUGAAGGCCGCAGAAGCUGGCGACAGGCAGUCCAUGAUCCUGAUGGCGCGAGCUUUUGACACUGGCCAGAACCUCAGCCCAGACAGGUGCCGAGACUGGCUGGAGGCCCUGCACUGGUACAAAACUGCCCUGGAGAUGACGGACUGUGAUGAGGGUGGUGAGUACGACGGAAUGCAGGACGAGCCCCGGUACACGAUGCUGGCCAGGGAGGCCGAAAUGCUGUUCACAGGAGGCUAUGGGCUGGAGAAGGACCCGCAGAGAUCAGGGGACUUGUAUACCCAGGCAGCAGAGGCAGCCAUGGAAGCCAUGAAGGGCCGGCUGGCCAACCAGUACUACCAAAAGGCUGAAGAGGCCUGGGCCCAGAUGGAGGAGUAACCAGGAAAAUCACUGCCGGCUAGUCCCAAGCAAAAGGGCUAGGAGGAAAGAUUUAAAAAAAAAACAAAAAACAAAAAAAAAAAAAAAAACUUAUUUAGUUUGGGGAGGGAAAGCAUUUUUAGUGUGUUGUAAAUCAAAUUUUGUAUUUCAUUUUUUGACUCUUGAAAAUAUCUUUGCUACUUGGCAGCUACCAGCAGAGACUCCAUAGCCGUCUCUUAGGGCAGUAUUCUGGGGAAGCGGGGCUUGAAAAAAGCAGCCUAAUGAACCAACAUACCGUUUUGCGGUUCUUUUUUUUUUUUUUUUGAGACAGAGUCUCGCUCUGUCACCCAGGCUGGAGUGCAAUGAUGUGAUCUCAGCUCACUGCAAACUCCACCUCCGCCUCCUGGGUUCAAGCGAUUCUACUGCCUCAGCCUCCCAAGUAGCUGGGAUUACAGGCGCACACCACCACACUCAGCUAAUUUUUGCAUUUUUAGUAGAGAUGGGGUUUCACCAUGUUGGCCAGGCUGGUCUCGAACUCCUAACCUCCGGUGAUCCACCCGCUUCAGCCUCCCAAAGUGCUGGGAUUACAGGUGUGAGCCACCAUGUCUGCCCAUUUUGUGGUUCUAUUUUCAUUUUUAUUUCUUUUUUUUUUGUCACGAGAUACAAGAAAGUGCUUUUUGCCUUGAAUGGACAAUUUUAGGGCUCUGCUCACUAGUCUUUUCAGGCUGGACUGAAAUCUCAGGCCCAUGGAGCCCUGUGUUUUGUGCAUCGGGAUAAGAAAUGAAGCGCUGCACGUUGGCUUUCCAAAGUCACGGGGUGUGUGUUGCUGUGGCUUAGUGCAAAGCGUUCUUUCUCAGAGCAUUUAGAGGCAUGCAUGGCAUUUUUUCAGUGGGUGUGAGAUUGCACAAUACCCAGGCUCCCUUCUACCAUGGGGAAGGACCUGCCUAUUGGCUGUUUUUUAAACUUCCAGUUUAAUUUCCUUCCAUAAUGCUACUGAUUUUCUGGCGUACAGCUGAAUUCCGUUUUUUAAGCAUGCUUUCUACGGUGGGCUUUUCAAAACAGGUUUGAAUUUUGUAUGCACACAUUUACUACCUCUAACUCCUACAUCAGCUAGUGUGGAAGAGGGGUGCACCUCAAAGCUUUUACACGUAAGGACAGCGGUUUGUAAUGUUGGAACCUUUCCUUGGAAUGUCGGAGCCUUUUCUCCAAGCAAACACGCCCUGUGCAUCUCAGUGGCAGCUUCCACAACGUGACUGCAGUGUCUCUUGUACAGUAUUCCUCGGUGUUUCCUUAGCGUCUGGAUGUUCUUACGUGAAAUCUGCUCCCCAGCCCUGGUCGUUGGCAUUUUCUGCUUGAAGCUGGGCUGAUUUUCUUGUAAUUUGCAGCAGGACGCUUUCAGCAGCAGUCCCUUGGGAUUUUAUCUAAGCUGUUUGAGGAUGAGAGGGCAAGAACUAUAAACGCUCAUUAAUUCCCGUAGUCUCCCCAGGGCCAGACAAUGGUGAUGGUUAUUUAAUGAGCUUUUCCUUUAAACGGAAUUGGGUUCUCACGUUAGUAUGAUUUCAUUUGAUGUUUCAAUAGCAAAGAUGCUGGGCGCAGUGGCUUCUGCCUAUAAUCUCAGCACUUUGGGGGGCCAAGGUGGGAGGACUGCUUGAGCUCAGGACUUCAAGAGCAGCCUGGGUAAACAUGGCGAGACCCUGUCUCUACCAAAAAAAAAAAAAAAAAGACAAACUGUUUUGAUCAACCCUAAAUUCGAAAGCAGCCUCUUUUUCUUUGUUUAAAAGUCAAAACAAAGCAGAGUGUAACAUACAAACCAUUCUUAACUGUUCAUUAAAAUGGGUCCUUCAACACCUUAGUGGGGUUUGUUGUUGUGCUUAUGCACAGAGACUAUUUUCUUUUUAUUAUUAUAAUUUUUGAAAUAGAGAUGGGGUCUCACUGUGUUGCCCAGGCUGGUCUCGAACUCCUGGGCUUAAGUGAGCCUCCCGCCUCAGCCUUCCAAAGUGCUGGGGUUACAGGCAGGAGCCACUGUGCCCAGCCAACACUUUAGUGUUGGCUGCUUUGGAGGCAUGAACCCAUGCAAGCGGUGGUUCCAAAGUUCAGUGUGUACCCUCAAAUGAACAAUCAAGUAGGUAAAAUUACCCUUGAAAAUAAUCCCUUAGACCACCCAUAAAUGACAGUGACUUUUUCAGUAUGGACUCAUCAUAGCCAGUUUUCCUUUUGAAGUUGGAACUGAUCACCCUUUUGUCAUCUGUACCAGAUCAGUAGUUGGCUUGUGUUACAUUUUGUGUGUGUGUGCGCGUGUUUUAAACCAGUGCAUAUAAAUUGUAUGUUAAAUGUAAGUAACUUUAAGGUGACUUAUCUCUUCACAGUAAUCAAGCCUCAUAUAAUUCAUGCUUUUUAAAUUCAGCCAGCCCCCCAAUCUCUCUGAAAUUUUAUUAUGUAAAUAAUUUGUGUUCCCUGAUCACUCGUUUAAGUUCUUUGUUGUAUGUCAUCUCUUCUCUAGCAGGAAUUGGCAAACUUUUUUGUAAAGGGGUAGAAAGUGAAGAUUUUAGGCUUUGCAGGCCAUAUGACCUCUGCUGCAAAUGCUCAACCCUGCUGUUGUAAUGUAAAAGCUGCCACAGACACUGCGUGAACACGAAUGAGUGUGGCUGGUGUUCCAAUAAAACUAUUUACGCGAA